ACCUCUUUCUCUCUCUUUCUGCCAUCAUUGUUUCUUGGCUGUCGAAAGCGCAGAGCCACCACUUCCAACUCCUCCCCCGUGCAUGAGCUUCCGCCACCGAUACCGCCACCGACCUCCGCCACAGCUUCCAUGCCAACUGCAUCCGCUUCCUCGUCCGAUCACAUUCUAGACCGCCUGGCCUCCUCCGAUGGAGAGGUGAAGCUUAAGGCCGUCAGAGAGGUGAAGAACCAGAUCAUCGGAAACCGCACCAAGAAGCUCUCGUACAUCAAGCUCGGUGCAGUCCCCGCCGUCACCGCUGCCAUCGCCGACGCCGAUUCCGAUGACAGCCUUAUCGUCCAGUCCGCCGCAGCGCUUGGCAGCUUCGCCUGCGGCGUCGACGCCGGCGUCCGCGCUGUCCUCGACGCCGGAGCUUUUCCUCAUUUGAUCAGGCUCCUCUCCGCUUCGGAUGUGAAGGUUGUAGACGCUGCUGCCCGAUCUCUACGAAUGAUUUAUCAAUCAAAACUAGCUCCGAAGUAUGAAUUUUUUAAAGAGGAGAACAUUGACUUUCUUCGUUCACUGUUGAAGAGUGAGAAUGAAAAUCUUACCGUACUUGGUGCAGGCAUUGUUAUUCAUUCUUGUGAGACAAGUGAUGAACAAAAUAAAUUAUCUUGUGCUGGCAUUUUGGAGAAGCUUAUUAGCCUUCUCGAUGGCUCUCUAAGUCAACGAGACGCUAGUUUAGAGUCCUUAGCUGCAAUCAUUAAAAACGACCCAGAAGUUAUCUCAAAGUUUGUUGACCUUCAUAGUGGAAGAGCAUUAAGUUCUGUAAUUGAAUUAACUAAGGACAGAUUUCCUCGGACAAGGUUAUUAGCUUGCUUGUGUUUGAUUUGUGUAAAGAAUUCUUCUUCCUGCUAUCUCCAAGACAUAGGAACCAAAACCAAAUUAGUGUACAUUUUGCUCGAGCUCCUUGAUGACCCUGGUCAAGUUGGAGAUGAAGCUUCUUUUGCUUUCUCAAGUUUGAUUGCAGAUAAAGAAGAUAUGCAUAAGUUAGCAUUUGAGGCAAAUGCUAUUGAUAAGUUCUGUAGUACCUUGCAAAAGCAUCCUUUACCUCCAAAGCGCCUUGAAGGUGUAUUUCUGGCCUUGGGUAAUCUUUGCUCAAAAUUAGAGUGUUGCAGGUCAAGUUUUAUUUCAUUGCAGGUAUUGGAUCUAGUAGUCGAUGCCUUAACCCAUGAUGACACCAUUAUACGUGCUGCAGCUUGUGUUUGCUUAAGAAGUGUCUCCCGUUCAAUCAAGACUCUGAGUGCAGGUCAUUUUUUGACUGAAAAGGCUGCCAUUUCUCUAUUUCAGCUUCUCUCUGAUCAUUCUACUAAUGUCCAGGUUGCAGCCCUUGGUGUCAUCAGUAACAUAGCGAUUGGCUUUUCAUUGCAUAAGUCAGUAUUCAUGCAAUAUGGAGGCAUUAAAGAGCUUGUGCAAUUGACAAAGUCUAUGGAUUCAUCUCUAAGGUUAAAUGCUAUAUGGGCCUUGAGGAACAUGGUAUUCCACGCAGAUAAAAUAUGCAAGGAAGUAAUUUUUGUGGAAUUGACAGCAUCAGCAAUCGCUAGCCUUAUCUGUGAUCCUGAGCCUUCUGUUCAAGAACAAACUAUGGGCCUUGUCCGCAAUUUUGUUCACGGAUGUAUAUACUCUGUUGAAUAUGCUUUUGCUGAAGAUGGUAUCAUACUAGAUGCUAUUUUAAGGCAAUUACAAAAAUCUUCAAAAGUUGAAAUUGGUAUACAGGGGAUGUAUGUAUUCGUCAAUAUUGCUAGCGGAAAUGAGUUUCAUAAGGAAUCUGUAAUGCAGCUACUUUUUCCUCAAGCGGAGAAUGAGUCUCACUCUUUUUUCAACCAGUUUCUGCAGAGCAAUAACUGGCAUUUACGCUCAGCUUCUAUUUGGGUUAUAGUUAAUCUCACUCUUCCUGAAAGUCCCAAUGCAUUUGGUCGAAUUAUGAUUUUGCGUAGGCUUGGCAUAGUUUCUCAAAUACAGAGGAUGGUCAAUGAUUUUCACAUGGAUGUGAAGCUUCGUGCGAGACAUGCACUUGGGCAGAUUAUUACUUUUGGUGAUAGCUAAAUCUAAUCAAAUCCUUGGAUACAAUCCCUUUGGCACAGGCAAAGAUGGGAGAUUUCAAUAGAAAUUGUUUCCUUUUGUAUUCACAUCUUAUGUAUGUUGCAUCCUGCAUUCAAAAUCAGCUUUCAAUAUGGUGUAUCAAGUUGCAUUAGUUUUUCUUUUUUAACCAGUCAGAGCAGUGUGAAAGCUUUCUGAUUCCAUAAGCACUCCUGACCAGGUUACUUUCAGAAUCUCAUUUUCUUAAUUGCACACAAUAUUAUGUGCUACUUUUUGUAAAUCAGAGGAUCAAUGUAGAUUUACAGGCUUAGUGUUGUAAGAUAUGAGUAGUAAAUGUAUAGUUUAGAACUCAGCUUCAACUUCAUUCUGGUUUAGGCAUACUGACAAUUAAGGGAAUACUGUAUAUGUAAGCACCAUAUAAAGGGUAGGGGUUGGGAUAUUUCUGGCAGUGAUGGAUGCCUUGUAAACUUCUGUCUUUCUGAUUCUUAAAUUAUUUGAGCUCUGAUCCAAAAGCUGGAAAAGCCCUGAGCCCACUUGGUUUCAACAAUGCUUCUUAGUUGUUUCUCAUGAAUGCUAUAUUCCAAAUAAUUUGUUAGGCAAUGUUUUGAGAAAGGAAGCAUAGUCUUUUUUUAUGUUUUAUUUUUUUUUUUAUCAAAAUUCUUGGUCAAUUUAAAUAGAAACAGUUAUAAACAUAUUUGGGAGGACGAUCAUGACUGAUACUGGUGGUGAUUGUGGUGAAGAGCCUACUGAAGGGAUAAAUACAUGUAGGGUAAGUAUUUUAGUUAUUGUACUCUGUUAUUCUUCUAAGCUAUUCUUGAUAAUUAGGAAAUAUUGCUCAUAUUCUCUUAUAAACUAUAAGACUUUUCAUGUCUUUCUGUAAAUAAAUUUCCACUAUUUCUAUGUUAUACAUAUCUUGAUCAACUGCAAUCACGUACAUAAAAAUUAUUGAUUAGAAAACCGUUCAUUCAGUUUUUGUCUUGCUUUGCAUUGAUCCUGUACACUUUACACCAAAUACAACACAGAUUUAAUUUAGUCUCUGUCUCCCAGUUUGAAUCUCUCAGUCUCACCCUCUUUUCUAAAUGUAGCCUUAAAUACUUAAAUCUAGCUUCCUGAGGUUGAAAAGAAAAUUUAUGGGACGUUUAGGUAAAAAUGGAAUUGUAUAAGGUGUACGUUUCUUAUUAAUAUUCAAUCCGUAGAGCGGGCUCAAUGUGGAAAGCUUCCAUAUUGAUAAUGGAUUAUUUUACAUGAAAAUUUGUUUCAACAAUUUCAUUUGAAGAGAAGUUCAGAAGAAUAAAUAAAGUUGAAAUUAAUUUAGAUAUUUUGGCACAUAUAUAAGAUUUUAGUUCCUUAUUGUGAAGAGAGUUAGGCAAACCCAGAGAUUUUUCUGAGAUUUUGGCACAUACAAUUUGCUUUAUAUGAGAUUUUUUUCACUUUGUACUUUUAGUUUUAGUUACUGGCAUGCUGAAAUGACGUGGUUGUUUAAUUAUCAGCAUCUGUGGUAGAAGC